AUGGUUUCAUCACCAGCUAAAAUUCCCAAGAUUGAUGAAGUUGUAAUUGAUCUUACUGAUGAAAAAAAGCUGGUCAUUGAUAGACUUAUAUCUGGGUCAGGAAAACUAGAUGUUGUCGCAGUUGUUGGCAUGGCUGGACUCGGCAAGACAACUUUAGUCAGGAGGGUAUACAACGAUCCUUUAGUUACAUAUCACUUCCACAUUCAAGCAUGGUGUUGUGUCUCCCAAGCAUAUCAGAAAAGAGAAUUGCUUCUUCAGAUUUUAAGUGACAUCGUGGAACUUACUGAUGAUGUCCUCGAAAUGAGUGAUGAAGAAUUAAAGCUCAAGUUGUACCGAUGCCUGAGGAGAAAUAGGUACCUCAUUGUUAUGGACGAUAUCUGGAGCAUUGAGGCAUUGUAUGAUUUUAAAAGAUCAUUUCCAAAUGACGACAAUGGAAGCAGAAUACUGAUCACGAGCCGUCACUUUCAUGUGGCUGCAGAAGAUGAAGUAGAUGGUACUCCUCAUUCUCUUCGGCGACUCUCUGAUGAUGAAAGUAGGAAGCUAUUACAGAAGAAGUUGUUCGACACAAAAGAGUGCCCCAAUGAACUGAUGGAAGUUGGAGAGCAAAUUGCUGCAAGCUGUAAAGGACUCCCUCUUGCAGUUAUUGCAAUAGCUGGUCUCCUUGGAAGGACGGACAUGAUACUCGAUAGGUGGAAAGAAGUUUUAGAAAGUAUAUGCUCACAGACUACCGAUGAUCCUGAAAUGAGGUGCAUGGAGAUCUUAGACAUAUGCUACAGGUAUUUACCCAACUAUUUGAAACCUUGCUUUCUUUAUACUGCAGUAAUUUUGGAGGAUAAAGACAUUCCAGUUAAGAAGUUGGCAUGGUUAUGGAGAGCAGAAGGAUUUUUAACAGAUACAGGAGCAGAAAGCAUAGAAGAUAUUGCAGAGGGGUACUUGAGGGAUCUGAUUGGAAGAAGCCUCGUACUGCCUUCCAAAAGAAGAUCACACGGAGGAAUCAAAACAUGUCGUGUCCAUGACAUGUUGCGUACAUUAUGCAUACCCGAAAGUCUGAAGAAGAAAACCUUUUGCAGCUCCAAAAUGGGUAUGACGAACUUUUUUAUUCUUCUCACGAGGAUAUAG